UCCGAGGGUAGUGGUGUUUACAACUAAUUGAUCACAACCAGUUACAGAUUUCUAUGGCGGGCACUGGUGGAAGUGGGGCCCCUGCAGUGAGGACCUGGCCUGGGCCAUGCAGACCCGGCUGACCAUUCCUGUGCCUGUACCAGUCCGCCGCCUCCUGGGCCCCGAUGGCUUCAGCCAAGGCUGCCCUGAUGCAUGCAGGACCCUCCUGAGGCCAAAGGUCCCAGAAGCUGAAGAAGGUCAUAGUCAAGACCACUCCCCCCCCCAGUUGCAGGAACAGCUGGCCCGAGCCACUCUCCGAGAGCGCUACCUCCAAAGCCUCCUAGCCAUGGUGGGGCACCCUGUGAGCUUCAGACUGCAUGAAAGUGUGCAUGUGACUGCCCAGUUCGGAGCCACAGGCCUGGAUGUAGCCAACUUCUACGUGUCCCAGCUGCAGACUCCCAUAGGCGUGCAGGCUGAAGCCCUGCUUCAAUGUAGUGACAUCAUCUCCUAUUCCUUCAAGCCAUAA